AUGCAACAGGACAGGAACAGCGUCAAGAACUGGCCCAGUGCGUCCUGUGCUAGCGCCCCGCAUUUGCAGGGCGAAAGUAACCAUCCAGCCAGGACGGGUUGUGCCAGCUCUAAGCUUGUGUCCUCCAGUGCUCCUCCACGGCCCAUUGUAUCCGGUGCCUGCUCCACGCACCAGGCUUCCAGUGCAUCUCCCCAGUCCGGUGAGACCCGUUCUGGUUCCACGUACCAGUCCUCCAGUAUGUCUCCCCAGCCUGCAGUUACAGUAUUUUUGAACCUACUGGUGAUCAUCUCCAUCUCUCACUUCAAGCAGCUUCACACUCCUACCAACCUGCUCAUCCUCUCACUGGCUGUGUCAGAUCUCCUGGUGGGAGCGAUUGUGAUACCAGUAACGACUGUAGCGUUAAUGGAAUCAUGCUGGGAUUUUGGGAAAUAUUUCUGUGCUUUUCAUUUCUAUAUGGCUUUUUUAUGCACUUCUUUAUCUCUGGGCAAUUUGGUCUUGAUUUCUAUUGACCGCUAUGUUGCUGUGUGUGAUCCUUUAUUGUACCACUCUAAAACAACAAUAACAAGAAUAAUGUGUUGUAUAUCCAUCACCUGGUUUUGUUGUAUCAUAUACCAGGCUGUUGUUAUAAAAAUAUGUAUAAAUGUACAGGUACCCAGUAUGUGUUUGAAAGAAUGUUUUACUGUAGAAGGGUCAAUCUGGGGUAAUAUAAUUGAUAUUGUAAUUACAAUGGUUGUCCCGUGCUCUAUUAUUAUAACACUUUAUUUGAAAAUCUUUGUGGUGGCCACAUCACAGGCCAGAAAGGUAUUUUCAAAAGAGGCUGCCAGUGUGUCUGGUGUUAAAACUGUACAGGCAAAUAAGUCUGAGAGAAAAGCAGCAAAAACUCUGUCUAUUGUUGUUGUCAACUAUCUCAUUUGUUGGAUUCCAUCUCUAUUUAUUUUAUUUUUUGUACAAAUUUUUAUUGACAAUUUAUUAUCAUUAUUCAUCAGUUUUCUGCCACUUGUUAAUUCCUUAAUUAAUCCAAUAAUUUAUGCUUUCUUUUAUCCAUGGUUCAAAGUGACAGCAAAACAUAUUUUAACUCUGAAGUUAUGGCGUUCAUAG